AUGCGCAGAGCUUCGCUUUUCAAUCACUCGAAACACCCUGGCGGUAUCUGUAACCCUCCACGAGAUCCACGAGAUCUGUAUACUCCGCGCUUCGUCAAAGGUAAAGGUAGGUCCAAGAUAGGACUGUGUCCAAUCUGCAUCGAAAGCCCUUUGCGCGGUGGACGGGGACAGAAAUUAUGGUUAUCAACAAAAUUCUCUGCGUUUAACUAUCAUAUGCAGUUUGCGCACGGAGUGUCAGCGACAACCGGACGUCCGUUCUCACCUCCACUAUCGUACAGGACAAGUAAUCGCCGCCACGCGCUCAAACUGGAGCGAUCGGAGAUUCUUGAAGGAAGGUGUCAUAAAUGCAAGAAGUGGGUCCCCGUCGAAAGUAUCAAAGAUUGCGAGGUGAAGGUUAAGGAACUGUUUUGGUGGAAACAUGCUGCGACCUGCCACCAAGGAUCCCAGGUUCCAGGGGACGACGACUUCUAUGAACAAGACGAUGUGUUCCGCUGCUUAGAAGAACUCGGACUCUAA